GCGGCAUUGGCGCUCGACCAGGGGGAAGAGCUGGUACCGAGGGGGCAGGAGACGCGCAGACUCGUGUCCCGCCGGAGCGCCCCGGCCCGGCCCGGGAGCGGCCCCUUGUAGACGUUCGAGAAGCCUGCCGAGCCGGCCCGGCGCCCGACCGCCCACCGAUCGUCCCGCCGGCCCGCUUCUUCCUGAUGCAGACUGCCGUCCACUAGAGGUUGGACGGACCCCCGAGGUGAUCCAUGGCAGGGGACGUGGAAGGAUUCUGUUCCUCCAUCCAUGACACCAGUGUCUCUGCUGGGUUCAGAGCACUGUAUGAGGAGGGACUGCUUCUCGAUGUCACUCUGGUUAUUGAAGAUCAUCAGUUCCAGGCCCAUAAAGCACUCUUGGCCACCCAGAGUGAUUACUUCAGAAUUAUGUUCACUGCAGACAUGAGAGAACGAGAUCAGGACAAAAUCCAUUUAAAAGGUCUUACUGCUACUGGUUUCAGCCACGUCCUUCAAUUUAUGUACUAUGGAACUAUAGAACUGAGUAUGAAUACUGUUCAUGAGAUUCUUCAGGCUGCCAUGUAUGUUCAACUUAUAGAAGUGGUGAAGUUCUGCUGCUCUUUUCUAUUAGCGAAAAUCUGCUUAGAAAACUGCGCAGAAAUUAUGAGACUCUUAGAUGAUUUUGGUGUAAACAUCGAGGGAGUCAGGGAGAAGUUGGACGCCUUUCUGCUAGACAACUUUGUGCCACUCAUGUCCAGGCCUGACUUCCUGUCCUAUCUGAGCUUUGAAAAGCUCAUGUCUUAUUUGGAUAACGAUCAUCUGAGCAGGUUCCCAGAGAUAGAGCUGUACGAGGCUGUGCAGUCUUGGCUGCGGCAUGAUAGAAGACGCUGGAGACAUACCGAUACCAUCAUUCAGAACAUCAGGUUUUGUUUGAUGACCCCAUCCAGUGUUUUUGAGAAGGUUAAAACAUCAGAAUUUUACAGAUACUCUCGACAACUGCGUUAUGAAGUUGACCAAGCAUUGAAUUAUUUUCAAAAUGUUCACCAGCAGCCUUUGUUGGAUAUGAAAUCAAGCCGCAUACGUUCUGCCAAACCCCAAACUACAGUAUUCCGAGGAAUGAUUGGACAUAGCAUGGUUAACAGUAAAAUACUUCUCCUGAAGAAACCAAGAGUCUGGUGGGAACUGGAGGGCCCACAAGUACCUCUGCGUCCAGAUUGCCUUGCUAUCGUCAAUAAUUUUGUGUUCCUGUUAGGCGGCGAAGAAUUAGGCCCAGAUGGCGAAUUCCAUGCUUCUUCCAAAGUGUUCAGAUAUGACCCGAGACAAAACCUGUGGCUGCGGAUGGCAGACAUGUCUGUGCCACGUUCAGAGUUUGCAGUUGGUGUUAUUGGGAAGUUCAUUUAUGCAGUAGCAGGCAGAACCAGAGAUGAGACUUUCUAUUCAACAGAGAGAUACGACAUCACCAAUGAUAAAUGGGAAUUUGUGGAUCCUUAUCCAGUUAACAAAUAUGGACAUGAGGGGACAGUGCUCAAUAACAAGUUGUUUAUCACUGGUGGAAUCACCUCAUCUUCCACCUCCAAACAAGUGUGCGUGUUUGACCCCAGUAAAGAAGGAACCAUAGAACAACGGACCAGAAGAACUCAAGUGGUCACCAACUGUUGGGAGAAUAAGAGCAAGAUGAAUUACGCAAGAUGCUUUCACAAGAUGAUUUCUUACAAUGGCAAGCUUUAUGUCUUCGGUGGAGUCUGUGUGAUCUUGAGAGCCUCGUUUGAAUCUCAGGGAUGCCCUUCCACAGAAGUGUACAACCCAGAGACUGAUCAAUGGACUAUCUUGGCAUCCAUGCCAAUUGGAAGAAGUGGCCAUGGUGUGACCGUGCUGGACAAACAAAUAAUGGUUCUUGGAGGCCUUUGUUACAACGGUCAUUACAGUGAUUCCAUUCUCACUUUUGAUCCGGAUGAAAACAAAUGGAAGGAAGAUGAGUACCCUCGGAUGCCCUGCAAGCUGGAUGGUUUACAAGUAUGCAACCUGCAUUUUCCGGACUAUGUACUAGAUGAUGUCAGGCGUUGCACCUAAUGAGAUCAUCUUUCUCCCUUAAAAAUAAGGCAAACAAAGUAUUUGUUUGUGAUAAAGUAGUUAAUUAUACAACAUAAAGAAAAACCUCACCAGUUUUACUAUCAAAGCCAUUGGUCAAAUAUCGUAAAAAUUUUUCAUUGUGUGCUAGCAUCCUUUUUUUUCUUUUCAGUGGCCUCAAACUCAUGCAAUAAGUUUAAUUCUAAGUGCUAGCUCUUAAAACGACUUCCGGAAGCAGUUUAAUAGAAUGCUCCACUUAUCUGGGAAAUUGAUUUUUCUGCUUUAAACAUUUCUUUCCAAUGUUAGAGUAGAAGUCAUGCAUCUUCUAAGAGAAGACCCGAUAUGUGUCACUGGAUGUGAUUUCAGUCCCUAUCUCUAUCGGAAACCUUUCUGAGCAUUUAUUUUAGUGUAUUUCAGUCUGUUAGUACUUUUUGGUUUUAUUAUUUAAAAGUUUAAAACUCUUGACCUUUGUGCAUGGCUUUUUUGCUGAAAAUGCAAAAAUAUAAAUUUUCUACAAAAUUAUCUUUUUAUAUUCAAAACACUAUUUCUAAGCUGCCUUCUCUUAUCCGCAUUGUGUUAGUGAAAGCAUAUCCAUACUUGCAUACAUCCUAUAAAUAUAUAAGGCACAUCCCUUUUAUGCGUGGUUAGGAUUCUAUAUUUUUAAGCUAGUGCACUCGCACACAUGGUUCGUCAUACUUGUUGAAUUUUAGAUGUAACGUCUUUUCAUCUAUUAACAUUUUUAGAAAGUUAAAAUAACUGGAGUCCUCAUUUGGUAUCAGAGUAGCCUAUCUUCAGCCCAUACUGAUUCAGUAAUAUUUGAAAUCUGUGUAUUCCUGAAACACGUAUGGGCUUAUGAAAACUAACAUUUUGUAUUUUGUUUUCAAACGUAAACAUGAGUGUUUCUUGUCGAUGUAUGUCUCUUCUUUUUGGAAAUGUUUCUCUUUGCAGUCUGUUUAAUGUUGCCCUGUUUUUAGUGAGAAUCGGAGUGGUAUAUGACAAGCUCUGAUCCUGCAGCGUGCAAGCACUUUUAAAGAGAAUUUAGGUAAUGCCAGACUCCUAAAUAAAGGCCCCCUAAAAAGUAAGUGCAACUCCCGUUCUUUACAUUCAGUAAGGCUGCUGCAUCUGUUAUUGAAUGGAAGGUUUUGAGCUCAGUUUUGACUUAGAGGUAAGAAGUAGAAGUAUAAUGAUACUGGUUAUGUCUACUCGUUUAUUUCAUACAAAAUACCCAGCGGCACUAGGUAUGUAAGCCCUCAGCUUUUGUUUUAUUUACUGAAAGCUACUAGCAUGAAGAAUAGUAACCACAAAGUUCAGAAUGGAUCAAGAAUAGCUGUUUAAAAGCUUUUAUAAUAAGUGUUUUGGGAUUAACUGCACCUUUCAACUCUUUAAACAUGAAAGAAAAAAAUAAUAGUUAACAUGGAUAAGCAAGAAUAACCUGGGAGUGGAUCGUUCAAGUUGAUGCCAUUUUCUUAUGAAUAGUCUAUAUCUGAGACUGACGAGAGCUACACUGGCAAAACUUGCCAGGUCUUAGAAUAUUGGUGCAAUAUUGCAAUGCCUUUUUAAUGGCUGCUGUUGUAUAAAUUUUCUAGUUUCACUUUUUUUCUUUUUCUUUUUUGCUGCUGCCACUAUUGAACAUAAAAUGGAAACGGGAAGUCAUGGAAAUGUGAAGAUUUUGUUUUCAUAGGUUUUUGUGCAGUUCAAUGAGACAUAUAUUAUUAAAUAAAACCUGAUUUUCAAACUCCCAAACUGGAGGCACUUGAGUUUAAGAAACAGGUACACACAUACCUUUUUUUGUUUUUUGUUCACACAUACCUUUUGAAAAACACUGGCAUUGUUUUAAAAAAUCAUUACUAAUAAUAUGCUUUUGUAUAUGAGACUUAAAUUUUCAUUAAUUGUGGUCCUAUCAUUUACUGCCAGUUUCUAAACAUGACAUUAUGAUAUUUUAUUUCUCAUGAUAAUAUGGGUAAAAUUCUUUUUCUACAUUUAAAAAUAAUUUUUAAUUAUUUUACUUUUGAAAACUAGGAAUUUAGCCAUUUAAUUUUUUUCUAAUAUAUUAGUUUGUUUAGGGUUUUGUAUGUGUGCUGUCUUGCUUUAAGGAAAUAAUGCCUUCAUUAUUUUCCUCAUUGAUGUCUUUCGCUGGAAAAGACCAAGAAAGAGCCAUCAGACAGGGUACCCAUAUCAAAGGCUUUACAUUUUACACUCCAGUAGUGGUUUCUCUUUAAUUGCUUAGAUAUGACUUCAUAGCCCUAGUUAGGGUAACAUCUGAGCAAAUAUUCUAGGUCUUCAUUUUAUAGGCACAAGGCCAAGGUCAAAGUUCAUGUUUUAUAAAAUUCAUGAAAUCUUAACUUGAAAUAACUCUGGGUUCAGCUUCACAUAAGUCAUGUCUGACCUGGUGUGAGCUAUGAUCAGUUUUGAGCUUUAAGAAUAGUUGCUAUUGCUUGAGUUCUGAAUGUUUGAGAAAAAUUCUGUUUUAUAUGUAGUUCUAAUUUAGGUUAUUUUUAAUUCAUGAUUAACUUACAUUCCCUUUUAAAAUUAUGGCUUAAUUGCUGCAAGAGAUUUAUUUUUGUUAUACUAAACUAUGGAAAAUUUUUUCAUAUAAUUUUUUUCAAGUUUAUUUUUUGUGUGCUUCAUUGGGAACUGUUUUUGUUUAUAUACAUGGUAUGUGCUCAAAAUAGUAGUUUCUAAAAAUCCAGUAGGAGAUUUGAAACUAUACAGUAAAACUAUUGUGAUCUUUAUUUUACAUUUUAAAUGCCAGGCUUCAUAAAAACAGCUGAUCUUCGUUAAUUGCAUCUUGAUCAGAACUAUUUGUUCUCUUCCAUGUCUUUGACCUUUUGCAUUUUUGAUUUUAAAGAAAAUCCUUGCACUACAACCUGUUCAUAAAAUCCAGAAGGUUUUGUAUUGGAAGAAAUGCUACUGGUUUUUGAAAAGCAAAGCUUAAUGGGAUUAUUAGCUUUUCUAGAGACAGCUUUCUUUGUGUCCUCAUUACUCUGCUCUAUGUGAGUGUUACUAUGAUUUGUGAAAUAUUGACUGAGCCCUUCACUUAUCUUUUCUAAGGCAGCACCUUUGGACACCUCAUUCUGGGAAGCCUGCUCGAGUCAUAGUAAAGGACACACACGUUUGUGUGGGGAGAAGUGGUAAAAGUGGAGUUUUGUCUUAAUUACAUGAAACUAAGCUUUAAAAUAUUUUAUAACAAAUUAUUUGAGCUGCAUAACCUAAACAUGUCAGACGUUCAGCGGGACUAUUUUUAUAUAUGUAUAUGUGGGUGUAGGUCAUAACAUUUCAGUUUAUAAUAUAAAUUGUUAUUUCAGUUUAUAAGCUAUAUCUCAGAGGAGACUAGCUCUUUUGAGAAUACAUAAUUUAAAGUUUUAGACUGAUGUAAAACACAACAUACAUAUUAGUGUAAAUUAGAUAUAAUUGAGGGCUAUAUGGCAGUUAAAACUGCUAGUGCCACUUUUCUUUUUUGCCUAUUAUACAUUUUUGAUUUUUGUUUUGUAUUCUGAACAUUUUUGGAGAUCACAUGUUUGUUUGUUUAAUUGCAGUUAGAGUCGGUUUGGGAAUAAAUAUCUUCUAAAAAAGAGAUUUAUCAUAAAAAUAAAAGUCCUGAAAAAUUAGUUUAUCAAGAGUUUAUAAAGUCAAAUAUUCAAUAGGCAUAGACUGGAAUAGAUAAAUUCAUGGAAAUCAUAUCCUUUUAGUAUACCUGUAUAACUUCAAUAUUAUACACGAGUUACACCAAGAGAAUGCCAUCAGGUUUGUUCCCCUUCAAUAUUCUUGGAUUUUCUUUUUACAUCUUCGGGAACAACUGCAUUAAACAUUUUAUUAAUCAGUAUACCAGUCAAGAUUAGGUGUCUGCUUUCUGAAGGAAUGUUCCAGUGAGGUGGUUGGAGAGGUUAUUUUCUACCUAACUUGUAUGUGCCCCAUACCUCUUGGGCAUACUUUGUCUAUAGAAAAAUAUUUUGACCUUAGGUACACUUUGGGCCAGUAGUCAAAUAAUCCUAGAGCCGAUAUAAAAGUCUUAGAAUAAUUUAAGGUUUGCCUUUUAUACCUGUUUUGAAAGCCUUUACAUUUUUGUCAGGUAAUUUUUCCCAAGCCGUGGAUAUAAUCUAUUCAAACAUGUUUAUGCUAUCCUUUCUGUUUUUAAAUUGAAAAAAAAUGUUAAAAGUGUUUAUGAAGAAAAGUUUAAAUAAAAAUAUUUUUAAUCUUUAAAAUA